UUUGUUUUUAGCUUAGCUGGUACACACGAGUGAACCUGUAGCCGAGGAAAAACAGUACGUUUACCCUUCUUUUUUCUUAGCUUUACUUUUCUUUAAACAUUUACGCAGACAUCCAGUCCUUCGCUGUUGUUUUGAAAUCGCCCUGUUGUCAUGCCGGUGCACCGUGACCGGGAGAAGAAGGAGAAUACAGCCGAGGAGAUGGAGGUGGAGGAGCAGGAGCAUGAGGCAUCCAGCUCAGAGGAGGAGGACUCCGACACCUCUUCUGUCUCUGAGGAUGGAGAUAGCUCUGAAAUGGAUGAGGAGGACUGUGAGCGGAGGAGGAUGGAGUGUCUCGACGAAAUGUCCAACCUGGAGAAACAGUUCACAGAUCUCAAAGACCAGUUAUAUCGUGAGCGUCUCAGUCAAGUAAACAGCAAACUAGCAGAGGUGGAGGCCGGUCGGGCAGCAGAAUAUCUCGAGCCUCUGGCGGUACUGCUGGAGAACAUGCAGGUCCGCACCAAAGUGGCAGGUAUCUACAGAGAGUUGUGCUUGGAGUCUGUGAAGAACAAGUAUGACUGUGAGAUCCAGGCUGCAUGCCAACACUGGGAGAGUGAGAAGCUGUUGCUGUUUGAUACGGUGCAGAGUGAACUGGAGGAGAAAAUUAGAAGACUGGAGGAGGACAGGCACAGCAUAGAUAUUACAUCAGAGCUGUGGAAUGAUGAGUUGUCGGGGAGGAAGAAGAGGCGAGAUGCUCUAAGUCCAGACAAGAAGAGGAGACGACCUUCUGUGGUGUCCGGUCCAUAUAUUGUCUACAUGCUGCCUGAUCUGGACAUCCUGGAAGACUGGACAGCUAUCAGAAAGGCCGUGGCUACACUCGGUCCCCACAGAGGGAAGAGCGACUCUGACAGCUCCGUCUUCCCAUUCAGACCAGACAGAAACAGGCCCAUCCUCAACUGCUGAGACACGCAUGUGCAUCCAUGCAUACCUCAAACACACAUACAGUACAUAUGACACACACACACAUGGUAGCAUUCGCUUCUACAAUCCAUACACACACACACACACACACACACACACACACACACACACACACACACACACACACACACACACACACACACACAGCUGAACAUUUCUCUGAACAUUUCAGUGACUGCAACUCUGCCUGUCGGUAAGCUGCCUCUCAAGCCGACAGUCACCCACAGCAAGGACUCACAAGUUGAAAAUCCUUUAAAGGACACACAGAAACUGAAGCAGAAUUGAUCCCCAGUAACUUAGAUUGGUUGACAGUGUUAUGUCAGUGCCUGUGUUUUUCAAACGUUUGUAUUGACCCGUUGAUAAAGCGAUUCUGGAAAAGCCAUGGACUGUUCAAACUAGCAAGCCACAAUCAUUCUGUGCUCAGUGACAAGUUCAAGGAAAUGGUUUUGCGUCACACACUCAUCAGUGUGUGUAAUCGAUAUUUUUAGGCUUGAGGGUUACUGAUAACUCUUCCAAUGACACAAAAGGAAAAUACAGGUUUAUCUAUGAACCACUGUGCCACGAAAUAUUUAGAAUGUUUGUACUUUUUAUGUGAAUCAGUCUAAAUGUUUUGUAUGAGACCGUUCUGUUACGUUUGAAUAGUUCGGUGAUGAUCACAUUACAUCUAUACAGUUUUUUGUUGUUUUGGAGAGCCUCCAGCAGAUAAGGAGAUUUUUUACAAUUAUGUAUGUGCAUAUGUGACCAAGUCAGUUUAGUCAGUACAUUCAGAGAGGAGUUAAGAGCUCUUGAAGAUCGUCAUGAACUCCAUUAGACCACUAACUCUGUUGGUAACUGUAAGCAGUGAUUAGAAUAUAACAAACAGCAGGCAUUAUUUCAGCAGAUCAUGUUAUACAGACCAUACAGUGUUCAUGGAUAUCUGAGCAUUUGAAUCAUUUUUUUUCCUCACCAGAGUUAUUUGUGUUUUUAUCAGAAUAGCUUGUUUUCAUGUGGAUAGUCAAUUAAAGUUCAGUUCCUCUUCUCCUUUAUUUCCACUACAUCACUGCAGUCUGUAAUCACAGUAACUAAAUGAGGUCUACAUGUGGUGCUGACAGCAUGCUAACAGUUAAACUGCAAAGGUAUCCCUUUAGAAGUUAUUUACAAGUAUUGUUACAUUCUUCACUUUCACAUCUACCUCUUGUCUCUUCUGAGUCACACAUUCUUAAAAAUCCAUUGCAUUAUUACUCCCAGACAGCUAAAUGCUGCCAUCUUUAUGACCAUCCAAAGAAUAGUUGAUUUGUUGGUUCAGUGUGUUGCUGGUUUAUGGCUCUUUAGGUUCAGAGGUUUUUCAAGCCUAGAGUGUCAAUGGCUAAUUGUGUACGUGGGGAAAGAACCAGUACAACAUCCUUUCAAUCAUACCACACUGUUUAAUCUUUGCACAAACAACCCAUUUAUAGACUGAUGAACAAAAACUGCCAUUUGAUAGUAUUGAUUUAAUGUGGUUAAUAAAGAUUAAAGCUGUGGGGAUGUUAAAUAUUCAAACUGCUAUAUUUUUGACAGUGUAUUUUAAGUAAUGCAUCAGGUACAUUUGUGUCUUUUUAAUUAUGUGGAUGGGUUUUUCAAUUAAAAAUAGUUUUUUAAGUA